AUUCGUUCGGCGACAUAACAAUCCAAAAACACUAAACAUUCUUUAGCUGUUUCUUGUUUAUAUAUAUACAUACAAAUACCAAACGGAUAUCUUUGAGAAAUUUGGGAUACGCAAUCAAUUCAAAUUUCACCCACAAGAAGAACCCUAAUUCGAGGGACGAUUGGUUGAAGUUGAGAGAAAGCCUUUUAUGAGUUUGCGAGUUUUGCAAGUAGAGAAGCCGUUGAAUCAGCUUUUGCUUUUGUGGGCGUGAAGUAGGCAGUGUGAGAAGAAACUUGGGAGUAGGAUGGAUCAAAUGUUUUCAGGAGAACAAGAUCUUGAAGCUGGUCGAUCUGAUGUUACUACGCAAGAAUCCACGUCUGUUUCAGGCGAUGAGGUGAGUUUUGGCGUGUCUGAAAAGAUUGCUGAUGAUCUGAACUAUCCAUUGAUGGGAGACGAGAAAGCAGUAGAAACAAGGAUGAGUCAAAGUUUGGAUCUUUCAGAGAAAAAAUGCGAUAAUGUAAAGCUUAAGAAGUCAAGAAAGGCUUCAAAGCCACCGAGACCUCCAAGAAGGCCUUCCUUGACUUUGAACGACCAUAAGGUGAUGAAGGAAAUAGCAGAGCUCGCGAUGAGAAAGCGUGCAAGGAUUGAGAGGAUGAAGAAUUCCCUAAAAAGGAUUAAAGCAGCAAAGUCAUCAUCUUCAUCAUCUUCGUGCAUUACCCUCUUCUCGAUGAUAGUGACGCUUCUAUUCUUAGGCUUUCUACUCUUUCAAGGAUUCUUCGAAGGCAAUUCGAAUAUGACUUCAGACAAAUCACCCGCACCGAUUGUUUCACCUAACAACCAAUUGGUCUCUGUUCAGUUCUACAAUGAGUUUGCUCCCGUUGAGCAAACCGAUCACAGCCCAAGUACCUCGUUCAGAUACACGAGGAAGCGAAUUUCGGGUGCAGAAGAAGAAGAGGACUCAAGAGAUGUCAUCAGAUGAGUUUCUGUGUUUCGUCUUUGACUUUAACUCAUUCUGUUAACGCUUUUUGGUUCCAAUUUUUGUUCUCUAUCUUGUCUCCCUGUAUAUUUGUUUGUUUAGCUUAAUUCUUGUAAACGACAGCGUUUCAAACAUGUUGAUGAAUUGAAUUGAACCAUCACGAGCCCGGCCUGCUUUUUUUAUAAAAAAAAAUAUUAUUUGGAAAAUAAUAGUGAUUGUGGGUAACGUCAUAAUUAGGUGAUUGGGCCAUUUAGUGAAGGGAAAACUUUUUAUUGUCUUAUUGACCUUAGAAAUUAAAC